AUGAGCCGAUCUCAUACCGCCACCAGGUCCAGGCAUCAUCCGCCUCCCCCGUCUCAGGGCCUUGCUCCUUCUCAGCCAUCCCUAUCCCACUCAUCUCCCAUGCCCCUGCCACCUUCGUCUCAACCUCCCCCUCCUUCUACUGCGGACCUCCAACAUCCUGCUAGACUUGCCUUCCCGCCUGACUUCAUGGGCUCACAGUCGCCCUCGCCUUACCCUCAUUCCAAGACUCCUUGGGCGGCUGCGAGCCUUGCCGGUGGCUCUCAUGCUCGACCAUCACAUCCGAUGCCUUCUGGAGUUCGGUACUGUACCUCAGGACCUCAGUAUGGUCCAAUGCAGCAGACGGUCUGCGACCCAUAUCCUAGCCCGAGCCAAAUUGACCUGUGGGCACCGACUCUCCAACCAUCGAGACCUGGUCACGAUACUCCUUCGUACCCUUAUCAUGAAUACGCCAUCCGUACCGAUCACUAUCAUCCGACUCAGGUCCACCAUCGUGCUCCACCUGUAUCCCCUCGGGACAACCCAUUGCCCACUCCUGGAACCAUUCGUACAGCUUCAAGAUCUGCUAGUCCCAAAUCCGGUUCAGACGUCUAUCGAGAGGGUAAUGAACCGAGAAGACGGAUCAAGACGAUGGGCGAGAAGGUCAUGUAUGUGCUUGACGGUAUUGUCAAAGAUGUUGCCGAGGUGAAAAGAAGGGUCGAAGCAUCCGAGGAAGCGACCGGUCGGGUUCGUGACAAUCUACAUGACACUCAGGUACUCGUCAAAAGUCUGCCGUCGAAAGAGGAGACGGCAGAGUUACUCGGCGGACUUUUCUCCACAGCUUUCCAGGAGCAGCUCGCAUCCUUGAUCGAACAAAUUCCGAACCAGACCCGUACCCUAUUCACGAACGAUCUCAACGAUACUAGGCAGAAGAUCAUAGCUGAGAUGAUGGUGUCCAACAAGCUCUCAUUCGAGAGAUUCAAACACACCGACUCCAAGCUGGAGAAACUGUCCGAGCUCGAGGACACGUUGUCAUCGUUAAAGGAGCUCCCUGAAGCGGUGAAGAGCGUAGCGGUCUUCAAGAAUGCCCUCCAAGCGAUGGAAAUGAAAGUCAAAGCCGCCACCUCUAGCUCCAUCACUGACCGCAAUAUGAGGACAGAAGAAUCUGAGCAUGACAACUGCACGAUCUCUCGUGCUGCUAUCGCUCGGCUGACUAGUGCCGUCGAGGCUCUCGCCUCCAAGGUUGAUCAACAACGGAAUGCAGACAAGAGCGUCCUCGAUCAUCUUUCAACCAGGGUGUCCGACCUUGUCCGUCAAGUCUCAUCGAUCGCAGACAUCAUCGAAACGCCUAGCAUGCUGCACGAACACAACGAUCGAUUUCAGAUGCUCCAGGACCAACUGAAGGACAAUCUGGCGGAAAUCAAAGCGUUGAGGAGUGAGGCCGGGGCUUCAAAGGAAGGUCUGGUCGCGAUCUCAGCUGCAAGCAAGUCAAAGAGGUCUGCAUCGAUAGACGAGUUUGGGCCGGUUCAAGUUAUCACGUGUCAGACUGCCGCGAAAGAAUCGCAGCAUUCCUCGGCUACAGAGACUGACAGCCUCGAGUCGCGGACCAACAUUGGUAGCAAACCUUCCAAGAAACGCAAGACGACACACGCGCCCGCACCUGCUACCCAAUUUGCCUCGCGCUAUGGAACCAGAAGCAAGAGUAUCGAGAUACAACAAGUGAUAGAAGCUUCAUUGUGCAGUUCAAACGGAGGUGAAAAUCCACUGGCACCACCUUCGACUUCGCCUGCAGAUUCGCUCGUCGAGAGAAUCGUCACGCCACGCUCUCGAGAUGGCACGUCGGAGCGACCAGUCAUCAUCCAUGAUGUUGACGAAGACACGCCUCCAAGCAACCUCGCUAGUGUCUCUCUUGAAGGUGAUCAUCCGAUCUCGAAGCCGACAUCCGACAUCUAUACCGCCAAGUCCUCGAAAUCUCCAAGGACCAAGACCAAGUCGCCCGGUCGGCUACCCGUCAUCUCGUACGACGCAUCCAGAAAACGCAAAGCGCAAGCUCGUCGCAAGAACAGAUCUGUACCAGCAAGGAAUGUGACUUUACCUCCCACUGGUCAAAAUACAAGUUUAUCUCACAUCCCGUCAAGUUUCAAUGAAUGGCUCCAGCCGGCUACCGAUCAAUCUCAGGGAUCCCGAUAUAGAGGUGAGGGCCAGAAUGAAGGUUUGAGGAAUGGAUCGGCAGCGAACACUCAAGUCACAGAAGAUUUCAAUCAUAGUCUUGCAAGCGAUGACGAUCCAUACAUCACUUCACUUGCCGAGGCUAUGAACAAGACGUAUGACAACCCGGACGUUAUGCUGGAAACCAGACCAGCUCAAAUGGCGACUCCGUCGAAGCAGCCAAAGGCUGCGCAUCAGCCACUGGGCCUCGAGUCGUAUGUUACUCCUGUGCGAGACACUCAACGUCAAGUCGGGACGCAGCUUUCGCCCAACGACGCAGGUGGUCAGGGUCCUUCACCGUGGCAGUAUUCGGAUGGAAGAGUGCCUGAAAGUUCACACCGCACAGCAGCGAUCCCUUCAGGCGAUCUUCAGGUCAAGACCCCCAUCAGCAAAACGUCUGAUCGACGGAGUGUCAGCCGUCAGCGUCUGAGCAUGUUUAACCAGCUUUCCGCGUGACCCCGGCGACAGAACAGAAAUACAUUCGGGACAUUCUGCUUCUCGACGUCCAUCAAGUCCUAUACCCUUGCGAUACCUAGUGAACGAAUACCUGAAUAUGACUCACUUAAGCUCAUGCACACAAGACCAUGUAUGAAGAGAUGUUUCCCUUUUACUACAUUGACACGCCGCCACCCUGCCACACCACACACUGUAGUUUCACGAUUUUGAUCCCGCUGAUUCGCUGCUGCAAAGUACAAAAAAUUUCGACCUGC